CUCCGAUUGUUUCCGAUGCGCGGAUAGGGCGAACCGAGCAGAAAACGAGCAGACUAGGCAACGCACGGUUAACGACUAUAUCCCGCCCGAGCCCCCAACGUGGCAGAGAAGAACCAACCCCAGUUUAUCGUUCGUUAACAAUACAUAAAGCCUGAAGAGGUUCGGGAAAUCAGACUGUCUAGCAGCUCCUUCCAAAGGACAGAGUAGCUUCACCGGCUCAAGCCGAGCCAGCUUCAGGUCAACUGGACCCUGAGGACUAACAUAUCGUGUGUUUGUGCUACUGGUGCUGGUAGCCGAUCUCUCUGUCUCUUUCCUGGCCUGACAGGGUCACACAGCUCUCAGUAAGCUCCUCUCAUGCUGACUGAGAAUGGAUAACGUUCAGAACGGGGUUCAGAUCGGAGACAAAAAGUUCAUCAGCAAGGCAACAGUCCUGUCCCACCUCAAAACCUACAACCUCUAUUAUGAUGGACAGAACUUGCAGUUGAGACACAGAGAGGAGGAAGGGGAGCUGAUCGUGGAGGGUUUGUUGAAUAUCUCCUGGGGCCUGCGUCGACCUAUUAGAUUGCAGAUGCAGGACGAUCACGAGCGAAUCAGGCCUCCUCCCUCCUCUACCUCCUGGCACUCCGGCUGUGCCCUGGAUAAUCAGAGUAGCAAUGAAGGUACCCAGCAGAUCCCGCCCACCAUAGAAGUGACAGAGCACGAAAGCCAAUCAGAGGACACCAUUGUGAAGGAGGAUGAGGAAGAAGAGGAAUAUGAGAGCUCCGCCCAGCUGCUGAGGACGAAGAGCGAUGCAGGGGUUCUAAGACGGGGCCAGCGCCGGUCACCUAGUGACCAGAGAAGGUUACGACGACACCGCUUCUCCAUCAAUGGACACUUCUACAAUCACAAGACUGCAGUCUUUACUCCAGCGUAUGGUUCAGUGACUAACGUGCGGAUCAACAGUUGUAUGACCACGCCUCAGGUGCUGCGAGUGCUACUUAACAAGUUUAAGAUUGAGAACAGCCCAGAUGACUUUGCGCUGUAUCUUGUACACACCAGCGGGGAGCGUGUGAAGCUGAAGCGCAGUGACUACCCCCUGGUGUUGCGUGUGCUUCAGGGUCCAUGUGAACAGGUCAGCAGAAUCUUCCUGAUGGAGCAGGACCUGGGAGAGGAAGUCACCUAUGACGUGGCACAGUAUAUUAAGUUUGAGAUGCCAGUGCUGCAGAGUUUCAUCACCAAGCUGAUGGAGGAAGAGGACCGGGAGGUGCAGAAACUCAGGAGCAGGUAUGCAUAUCUGCGGUGUAUCAUAGAGAAGCAGUUGCAUUGUCUUCCUGAGGGGACCACCUGUAUGUGACCUGGUUUAGGGAGGGAAAACCACAUCUUCCCAAGCACAAAACAGGAGUGAUCAAGAACCAUCCAGAGGAGAAGCACCCAUUUCAACCUCGCCUUAUUAUCUUUCAAGACCUCCGUAGGGACAGUGUACACAAGACCUCCGUAGGGACAGUGUACACAAGACCUCCGUAGGGACAGUGUACACAGGACCUCCGUAGGGACAGUGUACACAGGACCUCCGUAGGGACAGUGUACACAAGACCUCCGUAGGGACAGUGUACACAUUGUGAAGCAUGCCACCCUCUUUCCUGAUUCCUGCUGUUUCUGUCCAUACCACUUACAGACAGUACAUGCCCACUGGGCACAGAAGUCUGUUCAGCUUCUAGUUUUGAUUUACUUCUGAUUGAGUUGUCAACUAACGUGAAUUCAACUUGAAAUUAACAACAACAAAAAUGAUAGGUGGUUGAAAAAAAUACUAAAUGCCCUUACAUUGAUUACUUUUUGCAAAUCCAGUUGGUUUUCCACUGUAAUUCAACCUCAUCAAGUUGAUUUGAGGGGUUGAAAUGACGUGGAAACAACAUUGAUUCAAUCGGUUUUUGCCCAGUGGGUAUCCUCUUUUCCGUCCCAAUCCCUUUCUAACAUACCUGCCCCUCGGUAGUGUUAUCUGCAUAACUGUACCAUGUCAGCAAUAAUAAUGGUUUGUGGGGAAGGUAAAGGCUGGCACUUUUCAUAUGGGGGCCUGUAUGGAGCAUUGAGCCUGCCCCAUGUUCUAUCAUACCACUCGGAUGCACAAGAAUUUAAAGCACAAAACUAGCUUUCUUAGUUCUUUUGAGCUAGACAGCACUCGAUCUCUCGCUCUAAUUUUCCUUUCAACAAUUUUGCCACCUGCAGAUAACUAAACUUGUCUCACCUUUUACAUCUCUCUCAAAACCAGAACAUACCUCAGACUGAAUGACAUCACACGAUAGAUGACUUUCUCAGCCAGUCAGUGAGGGAGUUGAAUGACUCCUGUCCUGUGAAAGUAUGUGAUGUUGAAACGUGCCUGUCCCCAGUGUGUUGCAGGACUCUCUUUAUGAUCAGCUCUAGUGAGUCUGUAACUGUAAUGUAACUUCAUGAUUGUCCACAGUUAAUCUGAAACCUCCACCCAACAUUUCUGUUACCUGUGUGUUAUGCCUCGUUAUGCCUCGAUCAGACCGACAGCGUCAUUGCAUCAAUGCUCUGUAAGAAAUUCUACAGUCAAACUUUUUUCAUUAUGUAAUCCGAUGUGUGAGAUGUGUGCAGCAAACGUUCAUUCACCUUUUGCUACUAUUUCUGUCAAGUCUACUCAUACAAUUUGAUGCAUACGUUUGAUUUAUCAAACAUCUGCACCACACAGAACACAGAAACUGCCUCUGCAACACAAUGCUGCAAGGCAAACGCUGUGUUCCAUUGGAAAUGAAUGUACUUCUGGUGUACCAAAACGCAAUGACGCUGUCAGUCAGAACUGUUUUUUUCACCUUUAUUUAACUUGGCAACUACGUUAAGAAUGUUAGCCUCGCUUGCCAGGGUUAUAAUCCCAUGGUGUGAUAUGACCUGUGUGUCUACAAACACCUGGAGACUGAAGCACAAAACAGAGAGAGGACCAGAGUUCCUUAAGAUUGUGACUUAUGUAGAUGAUGGAUCAACUACAAUAGCUCAAACGAGGGAUUGUUGUGUGUGUGUGUGCACGCAUAUCUAAAGCAGUACUUAGUUGCCUUGUAGAUAUUGAUGUGUGUGUGUGUGUGUGUGUGUGUGUGUGUGUGUGUGUGUGUGUGUGUGUGUGUGUGUGUGUGUGUGUGUGUGUGUGUGUGUGUGUGUGUGUGUGUGUGUGUGUGUGUGUGUGUGUGUGUGUGUGUGUGUGUGUGUGACUGCAUACAAGACUUUGAGAUGUGGUACAUCAAUUCUGUUACACCUACACUACUGGUCAAACGUUUUAGAACACCUACACAUUCAAGUUUUUUUUUUUUUUUUUUACUAUUUUCUACAUUGUAGAAUAAUAUUUAACACAUCAAUACUAUGAAAUAACACAUGGAAUC